GACAACAUAAACUCAACAUUCGUUGGACAAUUGGAACGAGUCACCCGACAACAAUCAUCCCCGGGGCGGUUCAUUCUUAUCUGUUUUCCUGCAAGGUCACUCUUCAAGCAGUUGUCCAGUAAAGAUCGUAAGCAAGGAGGCGGGCUCAGCCAAACCUUACGCGUUUGCCGUUUUCGGCUGUUGUGUGCAUGGUUGUUUGGAUCGCACGAUGGACAUCCUAAUCGAGCCAGAUUGCUACAAGGUGUGUCGUAUUUGCAUGGAAAGCUGCGAGGAUGAUUUCGUAUGCGUAUACGACGAGUUCGAGGAUGUGAUACUCUGCGAGGUGAUCCAGGAGUGUGCCCACGUGGAGAUUCGCAAGAACGAUGCACUCCCCCGGAACGUUUGUCGAAGCUGUGCACAGUAUAUGCUAAUCGCUUACCACACCAUUCAGAAGUGCCGUGAAUCGGACGUGACUCUACGAUCCAUUUUCAAGCAUGAGCUUAAUCUACACUGCGGUACUAAGAUGGGGACCGACGCUGGGCCGAGAUGUCCCAUGGUCCUGCAGCCGGAAGAUAUGGAUCCGUCAGACUAUGAAUUUCUGCUGUCCGACGCGUACGACGACAUGUUGCUUGAGAAUGGUGCUAGAAUAUUGCUGGAAGAACACAAUCGCUGCAAUUUCACGCCACCGAUCGAUAAGAACAAUCAGUGCUCGGAGGAAAACAACUUGCCCGGAGAACAUCUGGCACCAGAUCAACAGGAAUAUCAGCAGGGAACGGAGCAAGCAUAUAGGGAACCGGAAAUGAUACUAGAACAACAACCGCUGGAAUCAUUGCACAUGACUUACGCGGCUCGUACACACGAAGAACCAAAGUUCGCGACAAAUUUGUUGAGAGCCGAAAAAACGUACGAAUCUAGUGAAACUAAUGACGAUGAACCCGCAUGUGUGCCCCAAGAGCAAAAACAAUGUUGCGGCUGUAAGAAGCUCUUCGACAACGAACAAAGGCUUCGUGAACAUUCGCAGGCCGUGCACCUCCCGGCGGCGCCGCCCACCACCACUGAUUGCCCCAAGACCGAAGGGGAACAGCUUCGGUGCGGAGUAUGCUACCGAAAGUUCAGUACGCUGAGCUUGCUGAAGGAACACCAACGGUCGGUUAACCGGAAGUACACUUGUGCGCAGUGUGGCAAGCGCUUCAUGACCCAGACCAAUCUCGACAUACACAGCAAGUGCCACAAGAACAAGGAAACGUACAAAUGUUGCGGUUGCCGUAUGGACUUCGAGCAGGAACUGGACCUUCUGCUCCACUCGCAAGAGGUCCACCGACCCGAGCGGACCGUUAACUCGGAAAAGGCGUUCGAAUGCGAAACGUGCUACCGCCGGUAUCCAACGCGAAAGUCCCUGGCAACGCACAAACGUAUGAUACGUCAGUUUCAGUGCCAACUUUGUGGGGCGAUUUUUAUGAAGCAGCUCUUUCUUACGCUUCACCUCGAGCGGGUACACCACGGGGAGGUGGUAAUGGAGCAGCAAAGUCGCCGAUGCUGUGGCGGUUGUCGCGAGGUGUUCGUCAAUGCUGCUGCACUGCGGGAGCAUGCGCUGCAGGUGCACAAACCGACGGACGGUUCCACCGGAUCAUCCGGCACGGACGAUGGUAAACCGUUCGAGUGUGACGUCUGCCGGAAACGGUUCUCCUCGAUGUUCUUUCUGCUGCAGCACCAACAAAAGGUGUUCCGGGAAAAGUGCUACCCGUGCUCGAUUUGCGGCCGCACGUUCGGGCGGGCCCACGACCUCUCCAACCACGAGACGACCCAUUCGAACGAGAUGCCCUUCGAGUGUGGCGUUUGUGGGCGGCGGUUCAAGAACAAGCUGUAUCUCAAAAAUCACCGUAAACUGCACACGAACAGCACGAAGGACCACGUGUGCGACGAGUGUGGUAAGUGCUUCCGCACGAAAGAAUUGCUCAAGACGCACCUGAUCAGCCACUCGCAAGAGCGCAAACAUUCCUGCACCGUCUGCACGGCUACCUUCAAGCGGUUGCAGUGCCUGAAGAUUCAUAUGCGCAUCCAUACGCGCGAGAAAGCGUUCGAGUGUCCAAUCUGCCGGAAGCGGUACGUGCAGUCGUCCGAUCUGAAGCGCCACAUGUUGAUACAUAAUCCGGGCGACGAGGGGAAACCGUUCCAGUGCGAGUACUGCCUUCGGCGGUACCCGCGCAAGGACUACCUCAAAGUGCACAUCCGCAAACAGCAUCCGCACAAGCCGGAGACCUUGAACAUCGUGGGGACGUUCGAGGCAGUCGCUGCCGGGCUCGACGGGAUCGAACCGAUGCCGAUUGCGGUGGAAGACUUUAUGGUUUGCUGAUUGAACUAGCCGACGCUACAUAUACCUCAGGAUUUCGAAGCUGUACAACGAAAUCCCAAUUGAAACGAGCCACGGGAUAUGUGUGUUCAGUAGAAUAAAUGUCAUUUGAAUUUGUUUACUAAA